AGUGGUGUAUAACAAUGGGGAGGAUUCAAGAAUGGUUAUUUCGCCCCAGGAGUGGGCAAACAAUGGUCCUUUUGCUCUUGCUCUUUCUUUGGGGCUCGACCCAAGUCACCUAUGUAACUGAAGGUAGAGUCAUCUCCUCCGCGCUCCCGAGAGGAGAGGCUGAACAAGAGAAGGUGACGUCGAUGAAGAGAAUGAGGUCGCUGAUAGGGUCGAGUCCUCCGACGUGCGAGAGGAAGUGCAGCUCCUGCGGGCACUGCGAGGCCGUGCAAGUCCCUUUCGUUCCCCAACAAGUUCGCGGCCCAAGAAGACUUAGGAGUGCUCGUAGUCAUAAUGCUUCUGCAUCCACAAGGGCCACGACUGCUUGCUAUUCGAGAGGCGAUGAUAUCUCCAACUACAAGCCCAUGACGUGGAAGUGCAAAUGUGGAGGCAUGCUUUUCAACCCUUGAUCUAAAACGAACUCACCAUCUUCAUCUCGCAGAGAUCAGGAGUACUAUAUUCAAUUUGCCCUCUAUGUACAACCCUUCUUUCUUAUCCUCGUUUUUUGGCGGUUUCCUCCAAUUUUUGUCUUAUAUAUAUGGCAUAUGUAAAGCUUUUUAUCCUUCUCGC